CCGUAAUUGUGUUGCCCACAUCGUGUUAACGGCGUGCGUGGUCUAGAUUGUUUUACUAAUACUGCAAAUGUUUCAUUUCCAUUGAAAAUUGAGCGCAGCGAAAUAGUAUAAAUAGGUCAGUCGAUUUCCAUCGCCAUCCUCAAAUCCAACCUCAUCAAGUUUCCCCUCAUCAUCACUCGAGUACCUCACGAUCCACAAUGUCAAGUACAGGAAAGUCCGUCUUCCUGAUCGGACCAGGAUUCAUCGGCCGCGAAGUCCUUGAUCGACUUCUCGCCGAAGACUAUACGGUGACAACUCUCGUGCGCAGGGAAAGCUAUGCGCGAGAACUUGAACAAAGCGGCGCAAAGACUGUUCUCGGCGGUCUAGAUGACCGAGACAUCCUCAUUCAACAAACAGUCGCCAACGAUAUCGUCAUCCAUACCGCCACGGCGGAUCACUUACCAUCCGUCGAGGCAGUUCUUGCAGGAGUCGAGCAACGUGCCAGUAAAGGCCAAAAGACCAUCUUCAUCCACACAAGUGGAACAAGCCUCAUCGGCGACGACGCCAAGGGUGAAUACCCCGGCGAGAAAAUCUAUUCCGAUGACAAGCCUGAGGAAAUCGAUGCUCUGCCGGACACUGCACCGCACAGAGAUGUCGAUUUGGAAAUCAUCAAGGCGAAGAAGAAGUUGGGUCCAGAUGCACGUAUCGCGAUUAUGAUUCCACCUCUAAUCUAUGGAGCAAACCCCAAAUAUAAGCGUCUAUCGAUCCAAUUGCCUUCGUUGACGCGAUUCGCGCUCAAGAAUGGGUAUGCCGGACACGUGGGAAAGGGUGCAUCCAUUUGGUCUCAGAUCCAUGUCUUUGACCUGGCGAGAGCAUACAUUACGCUCCUGCAUUGGCUGGAGACAGCAAGCAAUGAGGAGGUCGCCAAAUCUCCGUAUAUCUUCUGCGAAAAUGGCAAAGAGUUUGCAUGGGGAGACGGUGUGGCGGUCAUUGGCAAGGCACUUCACCAGGCGGGAAAAAUCGACUCCCCUGAGACCAAGACAAUUCCUCAUGAACAGUACGGGGAUUUGUUUGGCGACUGGACUGACUGGGUGGUUGCUUCAAACUCGCGAAGUCGGGCCACUAAGUUGCGCGAACUAGGAUGGGAGCCGAAAGAAAAGGGCUUGUUUGAGUCUCUGGUGGAAGAUGAGAUCCCUAUUCUUCUUGAAGAGUCAAAGUAGACAGAGUGGGAAGGUUUAUUACUAGGUAUUUAUUGACGUUGGAUGCUGGUUCGGCGUGCCUUUGUUCUGAUCAGAAGUCUUCAUUUCAUCUAGCGUAUCUAUCUCUUUACAGUCUUGAUCUAAUGUCGGGUUUCUUGCCAGCUUCAUCUGAUUCUAACUCAGCCAAGAGAACGCCUUCGGCGACAUCAUCACCUUCGUCAUUUUCCAGCUCGAUUGCCCAUUUGAUGAUGCCGGCUCUCGGACUUCUAAUCUCC